UCAAAAGCGGGGAGUUGCCAGAAGAUACCACAAACAUGUCAAGUGUUCCAGUAUCAAAAUGCGACCUUGACCUACUUUUAAUAGGAAAAACAGGGAACGGAAAGAGUGCGACAGGAAACACAAUUUUAAGAAAAAAAACAUUUAAAAGUUUUCCUAAUGCCACAUCAGUCACCAAAGUUAUUCAGAUGGGUUAUUCGGAUUACAAUGGAAGGGUCAUCAAGGUCGUGGACGGGCCAGGCGUUGGUGAUACUGACAUGAAUCAAACUGAGGCAUUGAAGCUUGUUCUAAAAAGUGUAGAGGCUUCUAUUGCGGCGAAUCCAGUAGGAUAUCAUGCUUUUCUUUUGGUCGUUCGAUUUGGAGGACGCUUUACUUCCGAAGACACGCAGACAGUUUCAGUUCUGAAAGGAAUUUUUGGAGAAGAAUUUGUGAAGAACUAUUGCAUCUUAGUAGUAACAUGUGGAGAUAACUUUGAUCCAGAGGAAACGGAAACAGAUUGCUUUGAGUCUUGGUGCUUAACUCAAAAAGGUGUGUUUCGAAAUCUAGUUGAAGAAUGUAAUCGAAGAGUCAUUUUACUUGACAACAGAACCAAAGACUCCAAAAAGCAAACAGAACAGCUGGAGAAAUUAAUUUCAAUGGUGGAGAGCCUGAGUGCACUUGGAAUGAGAUAUAGUGGUAAACACUUUGAAAUGGCACAAAAGAAUCGUGAGAGAUUAGUGAUUGAGUCUAAGCUCCCUGUCAUCAAAGAGGAAACAUUUAGAGAAACGAGUCUAAUUAUCCAGCAGUUGAGCAGACUUCAACUGGAAGAGGCAGAGAAACAGUUGGCGCCAAUCGAGGAAUUGAAGCAUCGAGUCGACGCAUUGCUCAAAGAUGUUCUCGAUCAGGAUAAAGAAACUGGUGCUUUAAAUGCUGUUAUUAAAAAUAUCUUGCAGGUUCAGGAGUGUAUCAAAGAGCAACUGUUCAGUUGUGAACAAUCGAUUCAAGUGAACAUUGAGAGUAAGAGACGGAAGGAAGAAAUAGAAAAGUUGAGAGAAGAGAAAGAACAAAGACGCAAGGAACUAGAUGAAGAGAAACGUCUGGAACUUGAAGAGAGGAUCGCCCGUAUGGAAGCUGAGAACAGAGAAAGUCAGAGAAAAGCUGUUCUAUUAGAAGAGGAUCUGAAACGGAAGGCAUUGGAGGCUGAAGCUGAAUAUAAAAGAAUACAGGGCGAUGAGACGAUGUCGAUGAUAAUGACAAUAAGUAAAGCAAUCUUAGACAAUGCUAUGCCUCUUGUACUCAACCUUUUACAGAAUUUGGCUGGGGAUUCAGACGAUUCUGACUAGUAGACCAUCCCUAAGUAAUCAGACAAAUAGACCAUCAUUAAGCAUUCCCACAAAUAGACAACCCCUAAGAUCUCCUUCAUGGGAAAUGUAAAGUAGAUUGUCUGAAAUGUUGUCUAAAUUAUUGUUCUUUUAUUAACUCUAUGAUUAAAAUAAAGAUUUUAUCUAACUUA